AUUUGAAAUUUUUGGUCAGUAUCAAAGCAACGGUGAAGUCGAAAGCACUGAUCGCGUAACAUAUUAAGUUUAAUAUAAACUUCAAAAUUAAGUUUAAAAGUUAAUAAAAAAAACUCGAAAUACACAAUGCACGGAGCGCAAAUAUGUGUUGUCUUAUUUUUGGUGGCCUGCAGUUGUUUUACUUUGACCACAUCGCUGAGUUGCUACAUUUGUGACAGUUCGCUUGGCCAAAACUGCUCAACCAGCACAACAACGGCAACCUGUAAUUCAGCAUUGGCUCAACAAACGACAAAUUAUGCUCUUCAAUAUUUAAAUACAACUAUUGCACAACUGAAUGUGACGAGUUCAACUUAUGCAUGUGUUUCCGACUAUAUGAUGACAGCAACCAGCAAUCACUCUUAUCUCGGCUGUGCAUACAGUACUGUGAAUAUUUGCAAUUUCGAAGCGAGAAAGAUGAAUUACUUACGUUAUUGUGAUUGGUGUAGCAACAAUAAUUGCAAUCGCAAUCCUGCGGAUCGCGUUAAUAGCAAUAUCAUCACUAUGGGGGUGACCAUGAUGUUGUUAUUUGUAGCGAAAAUUCUUUGCAAUUGAGAAUUAGCAUAUUUAUUGUUAGAAAAAUGAUAUAUGCACUUUAAUUUCCUUUUAUAUAGCACCUUUUAUAAUAAAUAUUACAAAUAUCGACUUUUGUUAAAUAAACCCAUAUGCUCGUUGCUCUUUA